UGUCUCUCUCUCCCUCCUGCAGCUGAUCGUAGUUUGGCAGUCGCUCAGAAACUGCCAGCCAGGAAGUGUGUGUGUGUGUGUGAGUGUGUGUCCUUGAAGGAAACGGAGGCAGCAGCUCGACAUGAAUCGCCUUCUGAAGCUCAGCAGAUUAAGCCCGGUCCGUUUCUGUGUCCAGAACGUUCCGGUGGCGGCCGUCCGGGCCUUCAGCAGCUCCAGCAGGAACCUGAAGAACAAAGUUCCUGAGGCGCAGAAACUCUUCCAGGAAGACAACGGGCUGCCGGUCCAUAUCAAGGGAGGAACCAGCGACGUUCUGCUGUACCGGGCCACCAUGUUGCUGACUGUCACAGGAACCUGCUACGCCCUCUACUGGCUGCUGGUUGCCUCCAUGCCAAGGAAGAAGGAAUGAGAUGAUGAGCAUCGCAGCAACGCAGCAACGCAGCAAUGAUACACUGAAGCCAGCCUUCCUCUCUGAUGCUGAAACAUUUAACCAACCAGAGGAAAAACUCAAAUUUCAAACUCCUACAAAUUUAUUAAGGUUCUUUGCUCUAAAAGCCUCAGAAACCCUUAACAUGGUCGACUAACAUCAAAGAUAUGUCAGUCGUUAAUAAAAGUGAGAAAUGA